CCGCAGCCGCCGCAGCAGCAGCAGCCGCCGCCGCCGCCGUUGCACGCCACUUGUGGCGCACCGGGACGUCGUCGGGGAGGCUCCUGCAGCAACUUCUUGCAACUGGGACGACGGGGAAGUCGCGUCAAACCGCAGCAUGGCGACUCGGACUUUUGCGACUGAUUUCUUGCGGAACGCAUGAACAAAAAGAGAUUCUCCACCCCCCACCCACCCACCCACCCUCCUCACAGCGAGCACACAUUUGAAGCUUUUGGACACUGAUGGGAAUUGACCGAACACGCACGCCGCAACUCAAAAGAGCAAUGCUGCGCCGGAAGGCAAAACUCUUUUUCGGGACCUAUGCGGGAUUUCUGUUUUGAUGCUCUCGCGACAGGAAGCUGCGUAGUCAGGAUGCGUUCAAGUGCCGAGCUGAACCUCGAAGUGUUGGUCUUGCUGCUGCUGCAGCGCAUCGGCGGGGGCUCGGCCAUUAGCUCCAUUGAGCCGGACUGGCCGGCAGAGGGCAAAUGUCAGCAAAUCAGCAUCCCCCUGUGCAAGGACAUCGGCUACAACACGACGCGCACGCCCAAUCUCAUGGGCCACGACGACCAAAAAGAAGCCGCCAUGAAGCUUCAAGAAUUCGCAACGCUGAUCCAGUUCGGAUGCCACAGUCAUCUGAAAUUUUUUCUUUGUUCGCUCUACGCCCCCAUGUGCACCGAGCAGGUGUCCAACCCCAUCCCCGCUUGCAGAGUCAUGUGCGAGCAGGUCAAAGUCAAGUGCUCGCCCAUUUUGGAACAGUUCAACUUCCCCUGGCCGGACUCGCUGGACUGCUCUCGGCUCCCCACCAAAAACGACCCCAACUACCUGUGCAUGGAGGCGCCCGACGACGGCUCCGACGAGCCUCCCAAAGUCUCGCACACCCAGACGCCCGAUUUCAGAGCGCAGCGCCCCCUCGACCCGCCGGAGCCGCCCCCGAGGGACACCGGCGGCGGGCGGUUGUGCGGCAACCCCGGCAAGUUCCACUACGUGGAGAAGAGCGAGUCGUGCGCCCCGAAAUGUUACCCCAAAGUGGACGUCUACUGGAGUCAGGGAGACAAGCGCUUCUCCUCGGUGUGGAUGGCCGCCUGGUCCGUCCUGUGCUUUGUGUCCAGCGCGUUCACCGUGCUCACUUUCCUCAUCGACCCCCAGCGCUUCAAAUACCCCGAGCGGCCCAUCAUCUUCCUCUCCAUGUCCUACUGCGUUUACUCGCUGGGCUACCUGGUCCGACUUUUCGCGGGAGCUGACAGAAUCGCCUGCGACCGAGACAGCGGGGUCCGCUAUGUCAUCCAAGAGGGUCUGGAGAGCACCGGCUGCACCGUAGUCUUCCUCAUCCUCUACUAUUUCGGCAUGGCGAGCUCCCUUUGGUGGGUCAUCUUGACCCUCACGUGGUUUCUGGCCGCCGGAAAGAAGUGGGGCCACGAGGCCAUCGAGGCCAACAGCAGCUACUUCCACCUGGCGGCGUGGGCCCUGCCGGCCGUGAAGACCAUCGUCAUCCUGGUGAUGAGGAAGGUGGCGGGGGACGAGCUGACGGGCCUUUGCUACGUGGGCGGCAUGGACGUCGAGGCGCUCACGGGCUUCGUGCUCGUUCCCCUCUCCUGCUACCUCGUCGCGGGCACUUCCUUUCUCCUGUCUGGCUUCGUGGCUCUCUUCAACAUCAGGAAGAUCAUGAAAACAGAAGGGGAGAACACCGACAAGCUGGAGAAGUUGAUGGUUCGGAUCGGCGUCUUUUCCCUGCUUUACACCGUGCCGGCCACGUGCGUCAUCGCCUGCUACUUCUACGAACGGCUCAACAUGGACCGCUGGCGCGCGCUGGCCGUCGAGCGCCAGUGUAAGGACGACGGCGGCCAGGGGUCCGAGUGCCUUUUGAAGACGUCCGUGCCCGCCGUCGAGGUCUUCAUGGUCAAGAUCUUCAUGCUGCUGGUGGUGGGCAUCACCAGCGGCAUGUGGAUCUGGACCUCCAAGACCUUGCAGUCCUGGCAGAACGUGUUCAGCAGGAAACUCCAAAAGAGGACGAGAAGGAAGGCGAGCAGCGUGUUCGCCGGCGGGCGGCCUUACGCCAAACCUCAGCCGUCUCUCAAAGGGCACGCCGCCAAGUACCAACCCACGCGGCCCCCUCCCACAUGUGUAUGAGCUGCCUCUUUUCCCGCCUAGUAACGCCAUCAAACCCCCUCACCGUGACAUUUAUGACAUAUUUAUGCGAGCUGCCUUGAAUAUCACCCAACAUGUUUUGUUGUUGUUGUUGUAUCUCAUGCAACGAGAGCUGUCUUUGUUUGUGGUGUGGGGGGAAUAAAAAAGAACAAAAACGUGUUGUUUCGAUGAUGAGAAGAGGAGUGGACUCACCGAUCGAGCUGCGCCAUGGGGUGACUUGAAGAAUGUGCAAUGGAGGUUUUGCUUCCACUCGACAAACAAAGACACUCGUGCUGUUUAGUGGCAGAUUACAGACCAAGAAAGGACCCCAGAGACAAUGGCGGCAAACGGUCGGAGACACGAGUCUUGUGUUGGGAAGCUUUUGAAUGGAAAUGGCGGCAGGCGGCGUCAUACGUGUUUGAACUGCGGCCCGGACCUUCUCCGGUGCCCUUUGUCGGGCAAAUCCACGAAGCACUCUGGAUUGAAAAGUUGCCACUUGCCGUUUUAUAGCACAAGGAAAUGUUUGUAUGUAUUUCUAAA